AUGUCUGCUCAGUGCCCGGACAGUCGGUGGACGAACCUCGCUGGCAUUGGUUCGUGCCACCCGACGCACCACCACUACCCCACCAGUACCCAAGAAGUGCAGCACGUUGUCGAGCUGGUGCGCUCCCAGAACGGCAAGUGCCGCGUUGCGGGUGCCGGCAUGAGCCCGAACACAGCCACCUUCACGAAUGAGCACUUGAUCCACAUGCAGCGCAUGAACCGCAUCUUGUCCAUUGACACCGUCGCGCACACCAUCACGUGCGAGGCAGGGGCGGUUAUGGAGGAGGUGAUGAGUUCGGUCGACAAGGUGGGUCUCAUGGUGCGCUGCGUGCCAUCCUACGUCCGGACUACUGUCGGGGGCUGCAUCGCUACGGCUACGCACAGCAGCGGCAUCCAAUGCCAUUGUCUCUCGGACUAUGUGCGAGCGUUGACGAUCGUGGACGGCUGCGCCAAAAUUCGCACGCUGGUCGCAGGGAAGGACGAUGCGGAGCUGCGGCUGGUUGCCUGCCACCUUGGCGUGAUGGGCGUUGUCACGGAGGUCACGCUGGCAGUGCAGCCGCGGAUUCAGUGGAAGUUGGUAAGCCAGCCGCUGCCCAUGAAGAAUGCGAUGAACGCUGCGCUGGUUGCGGAGAAGGUGAAGUCGACCGAGUACUACCGGUGGUGGUGGGUGCCACACACGGACGGCUGCUACGAGUCCUACGGCAGAGUCGAGAGCAUGACGGACAUAUCGGCGCUGCCCCUGCUUCCCGACACGCCGGCUGCGCAGGAUGAAGCGCCUGUGAAGGGGUCGCCUGCUGCUUCGCAGGAAGCAUGCCGCACCAGCGAGAGUGCAGAGCGUGCCGGCGACAGCAGCGCCUCUCUAAUCGUGAAGUGUGCCCUCAAGUACAUUGCGACGGACUUUGUGCGGCAUCAGGUGGUUGAGUGGAGCCUGUGGGCGGCGUGCCUGUACCCGGCUAUUCAGCCGUACGUGAACAAGGUGUAUCAACGGGUCUUCUUCUCGGCCCUCCAGGUGCAGCGCGGGUCGGCGCUGGAGUGCUUCACCUUCGACUGCCUCUUCAAGCAGUGGGCCAACGAGUGGGCUAUCGAUGCCUCGCGGGCCGUGGAGGCGUUCAGCCGACUGCGGGACAUGAUCGACCGUGAGGGCAUGCUCCUGCACUUCCCCGUCGAGUUCCGCUUCACGGCGCCGGAUGUGUCGGACAUGUCCCCCGCCGUGGGGCGGCCGACAUGCUGGAUUGGUGUGGUUAUGUACCGUCCCUACGGGCAGGAAGCACGCGACACGCGCCGUUGCUACGACGGCUUCUGCCGCUUGAUGGAAGAGAUGGGUGGGCGUCCACACUGGGCCAAGUACUACGACUGGGGACAUCGAGAGGUAACGGCGGCCUACGGCGACCACUGGGAGCGCUUCCUGGCGCUGCGUCGCAGAAUGGACCCCGACGACAUCUUUGUGAACGGGUGGUUCCGCAACCUAAUGUCACCUGACCGCGUGAACAGCACCGCGUGCAGGCCGUAA